UGGCUGGCCUUUUUCUGCUUCUACUUCUUCCUCUCGCCCCUUAUUCCGCCCGGCAACUCCGUGCCGACACCCGCUGACGCCCGCCCUUUCCACUACAUCAGCACCAAGCGCCAGGUCGCCGUCAUGUCCCGGCAGGUGGUGCGGAGCAGCAAGUUCCGCCACGUCUUCGGCCAGGCGGCCAAGGCCGACCACUGUUACGACGACAUCCGCGUCUCCCAGAUGACCUGGGACAGCAACUUCUGCUCCGUCAACCCCAAGUUCGUGGCUAUGAUCGUGGACGCCAGUGGCGGCGGGGCCUUCAUGGUGCUCCCCCUCAACAAGACGGGUCGUAUCGACAUGUCCUACCCGACCGUGUGCGGACACAAGGGGCCCGUGCUGGACAUCGAGUUUUGCCCCCACAACGACAACGUCAUCGCGAGCGGUUCUGAGGACUGCAGCGUCAUGAUUUGGGAGAUCCCGGACGGCGGGUUGAGCUCGCCGCUCACGCAGCCGGUGGUGAAGCUGGAGGGUCACUCCAGGCGGGUGGGCAUCCUCAGCUGGCACCCUACCGCUCGCAACGUCCUCUUGACCGCAGGCUGCGACAACGUGCUGAUCCUGUGGAACGUGGCUCGCGGCCAGGCGGUCGUCAGGAUGGACGACAUUCACCCGGACAUGAUCUACGGCGCCUGCUGGAACCGCGACGGUUCCAAGAUCCUGACCUCCUGCAAGGACAAGAUCCUGCGGGUUCUGGACCCAAGGAAGGGCAGCGUCCUCCUCGAGAAGGAGAAAGCUCACGAGGGCUCCAGGCCGGUGCGGGCCGUCUGGGUGUCGGACAGGAGGAUCCUAACCACGGGCUUCAGUCGCAUGAGCGAGCGGCAGGUGGCGCUGUGGGACCCGGAGAACUUUAGCUCACCGCUGACCCUGCAGGAAUUGGACACCAGCAGCGGCGUCCUCCUGCCUUUCUUCGACCCGGACACCGGCGUGGUCUACCUGUGCGGCAAGGGCGACAGCAGCGUCCGCUACUUCGAGGUGACGGAGGAGCCGCCCUACGUGCACUACCUGUCCAUGUACAGCAGUAUGGAUAGCCAGAAGGGCAUGGGCUACAUGCCCAAGAGGGGCCUGGAGAUCAACAAGUGCGAGAUCGCCAGGUUCUACAAACUCCACGAGAGGAAAUGCGAGCCCAUCGCCAUGACGGUGCCCAGGAAGUCAGACCAGUUCCAGGAGGACUUGUACCCCGACACGGUGGGCCCCGAACCUUCGGCGGAAGCCGACGAAUGGUUCGCCGGCAAGGACGCCCCGCCCGUGCUGCUCUCGCUCAAAGACGGCUUUGUGGUCACGGCCAAGGCCAGAGAGUUCAAAGUUCACAAGAGCCUCCUCAAGUCCAGCGUGGACGGCGGCGGCCAAGGCGGCGGCCAAAGCGAGGAUUUGUCCGCUUUGAGGCGGGAGUUGAAAUCUCUGAAAGCAUCGCUGGAGGAGCUGAGCAAACGCGUGAGCUCACUGGAGAGCCAACAGCAUUGAAGAACCACAAGAAAUAGGAUAUCAUCUCAAAAAUAUGCAAAAGAAAAAAGCUAGAAGAGAAACAGGCUUACAUUGUUGCUCCAUUAUUUUAAUAUAGUGUUUGGAAUAAAAUUCGAUAAUUUCCAAGCAUUUGCAUGAUUUUUUUCUACAUACAGAAUCACCACAACAGUUAGUAAAAAAAAAAACUUAAUAGAAAAUCAGUCCUUACAGUCUAUUUGAAUAACAGUCAAAUGCUAACAGUUACUAAAUUGGUUGACCUCAUUGGCUGCCAUCGAACUUCAUAUGGAAUGGACAUCUGUCAGCGUCAAUGGCAGUGAAAGAAUGAUGACCCCGCUGCUAAACUUUUUGCUGAUGAUUUUGGAACCCCGCACCAGAUGAAGAAACAUCAAGAAAGAAAAUCCGCUAUAUACAGAGUUGCUAACAAUCUAUUGAAUGUCAAACAUUAUGGAAAUGGUGAGGCUCAUUCAGUGCCAUUUGGACUGGGAUAGACCUCCAAUCCAUUUGGACCGUCCUGGUCCAAAGUUCUUGAAUUGAAUUGACGUCAUUAUUUGUUCUCAUUUGACUAAGUCUUAUUUUUAAAAAUGUAGGUAGUCCCGACGACAUACCCGUCUUACGUGGUUUCGACUUUACGAUGCUGGAGUCUCGUCUGCCUUUUUGUCUCCUGUUGUUUUUCUUUUCUUUUAGUCGCAUAAA